AUGGUUGGCAACAUACGAGGUUAUAACUUCAGCACCACAGACAGCGCCAUCCCCCUCUCCAAUUUAAGCAUAAAUGCCAGUGUCCGCGACUCCUACGCGCCCCACGGCCCCGCCGCAAUGAGCCGGACUGGCCACACGAUAGUGGCGGUGUGCCUCGGGUUUAUUUUAGUGGUAGGGAUCUUCAACAAUAUCCUCGUCCUGCUGAUCUUCGCAAAGUUUCGCAGUCUCUGGACGCCCAUCAACCUAAUCCUGUUGAACAUCAGUGUGAGCGACAUCCUCGUGUGUGUUUUCGGGACUCCCUUCAGUUUCGCGGCGAGCCUGUACGGCAGAUGGCUCAUAGGAGACUUCGGCUGCAAGUGGUACGGCUUCGCCAAUUCCCUCUUCGGGAUCGUGUCCCUGGUGUCCUUGUCUGUUCUCUCCUAUGAGCGUUACACGACCGUGCUGCGCUCCACCCAGAUCGACAUAUCAGACUUCAGGAAGGCCUGGCUGUGUGUCGGCGGAUCCUGGCUCUAUUCACUGUUCUGGACCUUGCCACCUUUCCUGGGCUGGAGCAGCUAUGGGCCCGAGGGACCCGGUACCUCGUGUUCAGUCCAGUGGCACCUGCGCUCGGCCACCAGCGUCUCUUACGUCUUGUGUCUCUUCAUCUUCUGCCUCCUGCUGCCCCUCCUGCUCAUGGUCUACUCUUAUGGUCGAAUCCUAGUUGCCAUCAGGGGGGUGGGUAAGAUCAACCUGCUGGCAGCUCAGCGUCGCGAGCAGCACAUUUUGAUGAUGGUGUCAUCUAUGGUGUCCUGCUACCUGCUGUGCUGGAUGCCCUAUGGCAUCAUGGCCCUGCUGGCCACCUUCGGUAGAUCCGGACUGGUCACCCCCACAGCUAGCGUGGUGCCGUCUGUCCUGGCCAAGUUCAGCACUGUUGUCAACCCUGUCAUCUACAUGUUCUUCAAUAACCAGUUUUAUAGAUGCUUUGUGGCCUUCAUGAAGUGCCGCGGCGAGUCCCAGUCUGUUCACGGCAUCAACACGCAACAGAGCAGCAGAGAGGAGCAGCCGACACCAGGAGCACAAUUUUCUCGCCUCUUCCCCGUCCACAGACGUUCCUUGCCUGGCUCCACACAGCCUCAGAUCUUCAGCAGCCCAGGACACACUCCCCACUGUGGCCCACAGAGGGACCGACACAACCUGUCCCUCGUCGUCUACUACAGUCCAUAG